AUGUCUUCGGCAGCCGACAAGGGGCACGAUAGUGGUGGCGGUUCAAGGCCCCAUGCGCAAACCUCCAUGUCGACACUCACCGCCUCCUCCUCCUCGAACUAUGCCUCUAGCGUGUCUGGUGACAGCCAACACCAGAGCGGAGCUAGCGGGGGCAUCCCUGGCACACCCUCGAGCCGACGCUCAGGGGGAUGGGACCGGCAAACGCUUUCCCCGGCCGCGGCUGCAAGGGCUAGAGUUGAGGAUCCUACGAUUGAAGACCAAGUUGUUUUUCAACCAAUCAGUGUACUAGAUGAGUCUUCUGAUUCUUCAGAUGAAUAUGUGUCGAGUUAUCGGCCUUUGGAACGGAGUUCCACUCGGGUCACCGCGUCACGUUCCAAACGUUUCUUUCAAUCUUUGGUCAAGAAGUUCAACAAACCCUCUGUUCGUUACGGCUUGGUGCCAAACAGCCAGCAAGAACAAGACAGGAAUACCAUUCAGCACACCAUCAUGAUCGAUAUCUUCAGAGGGCAGCUUCACUUAUCACCUAUCUCAUCAAAACCGAAGCGGGUUCUUGAUGUCGGCACUGGCCCUGGAACAUGGGCAUUGGUAAGUUUUGUCAUUGAUGAUUUGCAUCUGUUACUGACAUUUUCCAUAGGAAUUUGGCAAGUCUCUUCUUCACAUUCAUGUCCAUUGCCAUUGAAGCUAACAAACGUGGCGUCGGUGAUAGCCCAAAAACAUCCUUACUGUUCCGUUCUAGGCGUCGACAUCGAGCCAGUCCACCCGCCUUAUACCAGAUCCAACUGUAGCUUUCUGACAAAGGAUAUUACCCACGAUUGGGACUUUACCGGCGGCGGCAACUUUGAUUUUAUUCACGUUCGACAACUCGGCGAUAUUCAAGAGAAAAGGACAUUAACCCAAAGGUGUUUCGACAAUCUGAAGCCUGGAGGAUGGGUCGAAUUUACGGAAUGGAUCGCGAUUCUACAGUCACCGAAUCAUUCAUUGCGUGGCACCGCAUUCCGCAAAUGGAAUGACCUGCUGGAGCAAGGAAUGCGCCAGUGCGGUACAACGCUAUACUACCCGGACAAGCUGAAGCCAUUGCUGCAGGAAACAGGCUUUGAGCAUAUCAUCGAGACCAGAAACGGCGCGACGACAAAUGCGUGCUACCCGGGGAAGAAGCUGCAGCGCAUAGGCCAUCUGAUGACGCAGAACUGGCUGCUUAUUCUUGAGCCUUUGUCGAUGCCUGUUUUUACGCAGGCGUUGGGCUGGACUCCGGAUGAGGUCAAGACGUUUCUGGUUGAUGUACGGAAGGAAAUUGGCAACACAAAAUACCAUUCCUUCAUGACGCUGUGA